GUGAAGCGAUUGAACCUGUACCUCCUUGACCGGCAGCGGGAGUACUUGGAUGGGUUAUCUGCCCACCCUUCUCCAAAGCAGUGGUCAAUGCUGGCCAAGGUCACCCUCACACAGUUGAUCCUCUUCAACCGCAGGAGGGAAGGUGAGGUGUCCAAGAUGCGGCUAUCCUCAUUUGAAUCACGGCACACAGCUGACCUGCAGGGUGACGUGGCCCAGGCCCUCUCGGAGAUGGAGAAGGCUCUCUGUCACCACUUCACCCGUAUUGAGAUACCUGGUAAAAGAGGCAGGAAGGUUCCCAUCCUGUUAUCCCCAUGCAUGCAGAAAGCCAUGGAGAUCCUGACCGAGAAGAGGGCAGAGUGUGGUGUCACCCCUGAAAAUUUCUACAUGUUUGCCAGGCCAGCCGCCUUAUCACACUUCAGGGGAUCCGACUGCAUUCGUCUCUAUGCCCGGGAGUGUGGGGCCAAGCAUCCCGAAGCACUGUCCUCCACCCGCCUCCGGAAGCAUGUAGCCACCCUUUCCAGGGUCCUCAACCUAAGCGACACCGAGAUGGACCAGCUAGCCGAUUUCCUCGGACAUGACAUACGGGUGCAUAGACAGUAUUAUCGUCUUCCAGAAGGUACCCUGCAGCUGGCCAAGUUAAGCAAGCUCUUUGUGGCCCUGGAGCAAGGGAGAAUGGCUGAGUUCAGGGGCCGCAGUCUGGAGGAGAUCUCCAUUGAUCCAGAUGGUAAGUAUCACUGGACAAGUGUCUCCAGGGACUGACACUGUAAGUGGGCUGGUGUGACGGGGUUUACUGUCUUUCUCUAUUUCCAGAACCAAUCCAGGUGGCAAGUGAUGACUCUGGGGAUGAGCCAGAGAGGCAAGCCAGUGAGGUGACAGUGGUGCACACCGAGAAAGAAGCAAACAGUGUGGCAGUGGAGGGAGCCAUUCCUAAAGGUGACAGCAGAGGUGCUAAGAGAAAACCAUGGACCCCAGCGGAAGUCAGAGCCGUUGAAAGACACAUGAUGCGGUUCAUCCACUCCUGCAAGGUUACGGGCAAGAAGGAUUGUGAUGCGUGCCUACGGGCUGAAACCCAAGCACUGAAGGCUCGGAACUGGCUUUCAAUUAAAUUCUACAUAAAGAACAGAAUAACUGCGAUAAAGAGAAAGAACAUGAACUAAAUAAAUAAUAAAUAAGUAAACAAACACAUGCAUCCAUACACAAAUAAAUAAAUAAAUAAAUGAAUAAAUAAAUCAAUACAUAAUAAAAUGUGGGUGCCAUUGCACCCAUUGGCCACCUGGGGGGAGGGUGUCACACAUAAAUUGAUCCAUAUAUUAUGUCCCCAUGGUCCCCUCCCAGGCCACGCAUGCCCGCACCCUCUGUCCCCUUGCACAGGCUACAGGCUGGGCCCUUCCAGGGGUAAGGGAAAUGGUGUCCCCAUGAGGGAUGUUCCAUACAUGGGUCCCGAUGAGGUCACAAAAACAAGUGUGUGUGUGUGUGUGUGUGUGUGUGUGUGUGUGUGUAUAUAUAUAUAUAUAUAUAUAUAUAUAUAUUUAUUUAUUUUACCAUCAUGUUUA